UUGAAAACAUGGAGGAUGAGGUAGAAUAUAAUGUGAGAACUGAGCUCUAACAAGCAACCCUCUCAGCUCAUCUCCUCUUCUCUGUGUUCUCAUCUUUAAUUUUGCACUUUUGCCCUUGUCUUGCUAGCUCUCGUUAAUACUCAUUCAACUCCAAGUAUGUCACGGCCUUUUCUCUUGGUAGCCUGCGUUCUGGCUCUUUUUGCUUCUGAGGUCUACGGCGAAGUUGUCGAGCAUACGUUCCAUGUGGGGAAUCUGACCAUCCAGAGACUAUGCCGGAGUCAAAUGAUAACUGCUGUAAACGGAAGUCUCCCAGGUCCGACCAUUCGGGUCCGGGAGGGCGAUACCCUCAUUGUUCAUGUCCUUAACAAGUCACCUUACAACCUCACCAUUCACUGGCAUGGAGUGUUUCAGAUGCUAAGCGGGUGGGCGGAUGGACCUGUUUAUGUGACCCAGUGUCCGAUUCUCCCAGGAAACAGCUACACCUACAAAUUCACUAUUACUGGACAAGAGGGUACUCUUUGGUGGCAUGCCCACGUGUCCUGGAUUCGAGCAACCGUCUAUGGAGCACUCAUCAUCCGCCCCAGAUCUGGUCGGUCCUACCCGUUUCCCAAGCCCUACAGGGAGAUCCCUAUUGUACUAGGGGAGUGGUGGAACGCUAACGUCGUGGACGUCGAGGACGAGGCUCUCGCUUCCGGUGCUCCUCCCAAUGUUUCCGACGCUUUCACCAUCAAUGGCAGGCCUGGUGAUCUCUACCCGUGCUCUCGAAUUGGCACCUACAAGCUCACAGUGAUACCAGGGAAGACCUACCUCCUCCGUAUAAUCAACGCUGCACUCAAUACCCAGCUCUUCUUCAAAAUCGCCAACCACCACUUAACGGUCGUAUCCGCCGACGCCAGCUACACCCAGCCCUACAAAACCGAUGUCGUCGUGGUCGCCCCCGGCCAGACAACUGACGUCCUUCUCACCGCCGAUCGACCCCUGGGGGAUUACUACAUGGCGGCCCGCGCUUACGCGAGCGCCGCUGGGGGCCAGUUCGACAACACGACGACGACGGGUAUCGUCCACUACGAGGGUUCCACGUCAUCCGUACCCUUGAUGCCAGUCCUCCCUGCCUUCAACGACACGCCCACGGCUCACAGGUUUUACAGCAAUCUGACGAGCCUUAAGACGACGUUAAACGCACACGUGGCGGACCACGUGGACGAAAGGAUGUUUAUAACCGUCGGAUUAGGUCUUUCGGCAUGCGACCGCAAUGCCACAUGUGGAGGACCGAAUGGGUUGAAAUUUGCAGCUAGCAUGAAUAACCAAUCGUUCCAACUGCCAUCGACGUUGUCCAUGCUGCAGGCGUUCUUUUCAGGAGUGAAGGGCAUCUACACGGAAGAUUUCCCCGACAAUCCUCCGGUGGUCUUUGAUUACACGAACACCAACCCGAACAACAGCUUCAACCCAUCGCUAUACAUGACGGAGAAGAAUACACGUGUGAAGAAGCUAAGAUAUAAUUCAACGGUGGAGAUUGUGUUUCAGAACACGGCGUUGAUUGGGGUGGAGAACCACCCGAUUCACCUACACGGGUUUAAUUUCCUCGUGUUGGCCCAAGGGUUUGGGAACUACAACCCGGUUAGGGAUCGGAAAAAGUUCAACUUUGUAAACCCGCAAGAGAGGAAUACCAUAGCCGUGGCGGUCGGAGGCUGGGCUGUUGUCAGAUUCAAGGCUAACAAUCCAGGUGUAUGGAUCAUGCAUUGCCACCUGGAUGUGCACUUACCAUGGGGCCUAGCAGGAGCUUUCGUGGUUGAGAAUGGGCCCACGCCUUCGUCCAGGCUGCCUCCACCACCUCCCGAUCUCCCUCGUUGUUAGGAGAUACACGUUUCUUUCUUAUAUCUUGUUUUUCAUUUUCCCCCAGUUUUCUACAUUUAUCUAUGUGAUUAUUGAUUAGAACAAGAGAAAUGAUGAAGAAGAAAGAAAAU